AUGGUACAUAAGCAGUGCGUCCUCUUACUAUCCAUGCUUGAGCUCAUCAUCGACGAAGCCGCCCACGAGUCAGCCCGCGGUCUCAGUGUCCCGUGUGGUGCAUUCGAGCACUGCAUCAAACACAUUACGCUCGCGGGUAAUCACAAGCAAGGACGUGGGAUGUCUCUCUCUGCAGAUUCGAACAUUGGGCAUGCAGUGUUGUCUCGGAACAUCUUCCAGGAGGUUGCUGAGGACCCCCGCCAAGUGCACAACGUGAUCCUACUCAGUCAGGGUUACCGCAUGCUCGAGGAACUGUACGCAUGCGUGUCUCAAUUCUAUGACGGCAAGCUAAAGGCGUACUCUGGCGCAGGGAACAUCGACAAACCUCUCCAGAACACUGCCGAGGCUUGCUGGAAGUCUCGUCUACGUGAUUCCUUUGCAGGCUCUGUUCGUCAGGUCGCCAUCGAUGUCACUUCCGAAGGCACCAUCAAGCAUGCGCAACUCAAUGGCACCACCACCAAACUGAAUGAGGAGGAGGCGAAAGUUGUCGCUUGGACAGUCAAGGACAUGCUAUUGUUUACCCCGCCCGCAAACACACUUGGGAUGUACUACCGCCCCUUUACUCCGGCGGACUUCGUCGUGGUCACUCCCUACACUGGCCAGGUUUUGGAGAUUCGAAAGCAUCUUCGUCUGUCUGGAGGCCACGUCUUCGUCAACACGGAGGGAGUUCUAGUCUGCACGACCAGCCACUCCCAAGGGAAAGAGGCUCUCAUGACUUUUAUUUCUCUCGUGGUGAACAUCGGCAAGACGAGGGCUGAACCCGACGACAAGGUCCCGGUUUCCUUCAUGGCGGAUGACCACAACAUCAACGUCGCCUUUUCUCGCCAGCGAAUUGGACGGCAUAUUGUGGGUGGUCUUACGUGUCUGACUCAGAUGAAGUACGAUAGACACACGCUAGCCAGCAGACAUGCCAAGUUCUUCAAUCACCUCAAGGGGCUCUGCGAAUCUGACUCCAUUGUCACUUCAGAAGAAUGGGACUUCGCCAUGCGGAACAAGCGAAAGCCUGAUCCUGCGGUCGACGGCAUAUGCCAGGCACUCGCCUUUUCGCGCACUAUGGAGAAACCACACUCCACAAGCGGCCUCAAUCGACCAGGUCUCGUCAUUCCACCGCCGCCAGCUUCUGGGCCAUUCCACAACAUCACGCAUGCUCAUUAG